AUGAUUGCUGUGACCCCCCAGCACCCUAUGGCCCCCAGCACCCUGGACCCCCAGCACCCUAUGGCCCCAACAGCCAGCACCUAUGGCCUCCCAUAUGGCCCUCAGCACCCUAUGGCCCCCAACACACUAUGGCCCUCAGCACCCUAUGGCCUCCCAACACCUAGGCCCCAACAGCACUAUGGCCCCUCAGCACCCUAUGGCCCUCAGCAUCCUGUGGCCUCCAGUACACCUAUGGCCCCAGCACCAUGGCCUAUGGCCCCAGCACCCUGUGGACCCCAACACCCCUGUAUGGCCCCCCAGCACCCUAUAUGGCCCUCAGCACCCUAG